AUGGAUCCCUCCGUCACUCUGUGGCAGUUCCUGCUGCAGUUGCUGGAGCAGCAGAGCAACGGGCAUCUCAUUGCGUGGACAUCCAACGACGGGGAGUUCAAGCUGGUUGACGCCGAAGAGGUAGCCCGGCUCUGGGGGCUGCGGAAGAACAAGACCAACAUGAACUACGACAAGCUGAGUCGGGCUCUGCGUUACUACUAUGACAAGAACAUCAUCCGUAAAGUCAGCGGGCAGAAAUUUGUCUAUAAGUUCGUCUCUUACCCGGAACUUUCAAGCAUGGACGGCAUGAAGGAUGAGGGUGGAACCAAAAGGCCUGAGCAGAUCCAGGGUGAAGCCAAAGUGGGCGACGGGGCAUUUGGAGCCCCGAAAGCCCCACGCGGAGGUGGGGGUGUUCCGCGCAGCAGUCGGAAUGAAUACAUGCGCUCUGGACUUUAUUCGACUUUCACCAUUCAGUCACUACAGGCUCCUUCGCCUGCUGGACGGGCCUCCCGCCCGGAGACGGAGCUCUUGCCUGUGGGGCUGCCCCCUCCUGUUGCUUCCACUGCCCCCGAACCACCUCCCCCUUCUCUGGCCCCGGUGGAGGAUCUGCCACAGUUGCACAUCAGCAUUGAGGAACCGGAGGAGUCUCCGGAGCCCCUGCAGGUCAUAGUGGAGUCCACCCCACUGGAGACUGCUUCGCUCGAUGAGAAGGUGUUGGUGAAAGUAGAGGAGAACCUUGACCUCGAUGAAGAGGCAGCCGCUCUGUUAGUUUUGAUGGACCCGGGAGUGAAGGAGGAGGCUCCCUCUUCUGAGAAGGCCUCCCUGGAGAAGGUGUCCUUGGAGGUGGAGCUGCCGGAAGGGGAUGGGCUGCUGAAAGAGGAAGCUCAGUCCCCCAGCCCAGCGGCCGUGUCUCUCGAGGGACAGCCCCAAAAGGGAAAGAAGCCAAAAGUCUUGGAGCUGCCUUCGCUGCCGACCCAGGAGAAAGUGAACGCAGCGGUGAACAGCCUCCUGGCCCCAGGAGGGACAGGGAGCACCCUGACUCCAACCACGGUGAUUUCUUCCCAUGCACUGACCCCAGUUCUGCUCACCCCGAGUUCUCUGCCACCCACCAUCCAUUUCUGGAGCACCCUGAGCCCCAUCGCACCACGCAGCCCAGCCAAGCUCUCCUUCCAGUUUCCCAGCAAUUCUAGCUCACAAGUUCACAUCCCCUCACUCAGUGUGGAUGGACUGUCCACCCCCGUGGUCCUAUCGCCUGGCCCGCAGAAGCCAUAGUGUUUCCUCUCUACAUCACGGUAUCCCUUACUCCUGCCAAAGAACUGGCUUGAGUUUCUUUCCAAGCACCUGGGAUCACUUAUUGGGCCAGACAGCUACGUAUCCCUUCGUUGACUGGAAGAGCCCUUUGUUGAGCUGAGGACCAAUGACCUGCUUGAAGGGUGGAAAUGGCGCCGCAAGCAGAUUCAUCCAAUAGCCUUGCAUGUGCCAGGAUUUUCUUCUGAAGCCAAAUGGUGUCUCCCGAACACCAAGAAGGUGGUGUGCUGCACUCGCCCUCCUGCUAAAGUUUCAUAUGGUCCUCAAAUUCCUACUUGGAGGCAAGGAGGAGACAGCCUCCUUUAUUUGGUCUCCUCUCUGAAUAAGGGGUUGCCCACGUUUACCAUUCGACGUGGCAGUAUGGGUUCCUUUUUGUGUCCUCUGUCUUGGUAUUCAAUUUCUUAAUGAAGAUGAGUUUGGGUGAUGGUCUAAGGACAAGAAUGCCGACCCUCCGAGAUAAACCGAGAAUCUCAUCUCAUCCCAUCUCGCGCUCCUUGCCUUGGUGGGUUUUAAGCUAGUUUACUAAAGGUAUAGUAGACCCUGCAAGCCAUGUUUAUUUUGGCUGUAUGUGAAGGGUGGAAGCGGUGUCAGCCAUAUUUGUUUUGGCUGGGUGAUGAUUUAGGCUAUGGAUGGACGAGGGUCAGGACGUUGGUGUGUAAGCCAUCUUUGUUUUGGCUGGGUAGGCAGGCCAAAGAGUUUCAGCCAUGUUUGCUUUUGGUUGCAGGGGAUUAGGAACGUCAGGGUUAGCCAUGUAUGUUGUGGCUGAACAAAGAGCGGGGAAGCACUGUUGAUCAUGUUUCUUCAGCCUUCAUGAAAGAAAUAGUAUUGGAAUAGGAUAUUAUUUGAUUUGGCUUGACAAAAAAACAUAAUUUGGCUGUGUUUGCUGUGCAACACAGUAAGAGGAAGCACUGCCAGCCAUGUUGUUUGGCCAGAUAAGAUAGCAGUGUCAGCCAUGUUUAAGUUGGCUGAACAAUCUUGACCAUAAGUCCUGUGGUUCUUUGAGGCAGGGGAUGUUCUGGCACUUUGUUUGGAUAUAUCAGAUGCACGAUUUGACAUUAAGACAACAGAUGAGGAAGUCUUCAUCAUUUCCCCCCUAUUGAUGCACUUCCUAAAGGUCAAAGGCCACCAGUUCGUCAAUGUGGAGACCAGAGAAGAGAAGUCCCACCUACUGAUUUCAAGGGGAACUUUCUCUCUUUGCCGAACGGUUUCCUUAAUUUAUUUCCUGACGAUCAAAGGUCACCACAGAAAUGGCCAAUGAGGAAGUCUUAAUCCUUUCUACUUUUGACUGUUUUCUUAUGGUUGCAUUUCCUUCAUCACUGGAGAAAUGUCAGACAUUAGCUGUCUUGUGGGGGGAUUUUAUUGCUGAUUGGUCACUAAAAAAGAAGUCCCACCUCAGCUUCUCGUUUCCAACUCUUGAAUCAUUCCUGGAAGUGACAAUGACAGAUUUCCACCUUAUAUUCCCUUUAUUUCCUGCAACUCCCCAAAGUGGGGAGGGGCUUUUUGUGGAAAUAACGGAAGGCCGACCUCUUUCUACAGCUCCUCACUUCCUUCCAGAUGCAUCAUAAGGGAAUUUGUGAAUCUCUACAAAAGGGCUGUGUCUCUUUUACAAGGUGGGUUCAUUAUAACUCAGAUCCUCAAAUGAUGAGCAUUUCAUCACUUGUUGAUUGUGGUUUUUGAGGGGUUCCCCCCCCCCAAUAUAUAUUUGUUAAUGAUGCGGAGGAGAUGCCAUUUUGGAAAUAUCAUAUGAUUCCUAAACAGAAUUCCCAGCGCCUUCUAUUUUUUCACAGAGUAUAUAUAUCACAAUUUUAUCUAUUAACAGGAGAGUCAUACUGAAAGAAAAGUAGUAGACGGCUUAGAGCUAUAUUUAUCUUUUUGUCCGUCCAUUUUUGAUAUCUAUUUUUUAAACUGGGGCUGGG